AUGAUCUCCGCCAAAACUCCCCCGCCGGCCGAACGCGUUGCUGGAGCGGCGAGCUGCAGCGCGGGCAGGCGCGCGGCCGCAUGGGAUGCUGCCGCCAGCGCUGAAGUGCGUGUGCGGGCACCGGCGACCCACGGCAGCAGCGCCCGCCUCGGAAGAGCGAGAGCUCGCCCCUUCCAUAACGGAUGCUUCUGCCAGGACCUUGGUGGUGCGGCCCGCACGCCUCGCCAUGCGCGCGCCAUUAUCGCCGGCUCGGCGGCGCCAGCCGGCUCCCGCGGCCCAGCGCCCCAACCGUUCCCCUCGCGACCCCACUCGGCCCGUGUAGCGGCUGGCGGCGGGUUGCACGCGGCGAGCGCGGGGGGAGCGGAGGAGGCGGCGGCGGAGCGGGAGGUGGCGUGGGCGCGCGGCGAGGAGGGCGUGUGGAGCGUGGUGAUCCCCACGUACAACCGCCUGCCCAUCCUCACCCAGUGCCUGCGCGCGCUGGAGCAGCAGCGCGGCGAGCGGCAGGCGGGCGUGCGGCGGUACGAGGUGGUGGUGGUGGACGACGGGUCCGACGACGGCACCGUGCGCGCGCUCGCCGCCAUGGGCGUGGCGUCGUGCGAGGGGCUCGCGCAGGGCGCGGGGGAGGGAGGGGCGGGAGAGGCGGUGGAUGGCGAAACGAGGCAGGCAGCGGUGGCGUUCCCCCACGUGCGACUGGUGCAGCAGCAGCACGGGGGCGCGACGGCCGCUCGGAACUACGGCGUGCGCGUGGCGGGCGGCAGCACGAUCGUGUUCAUCGACUCCGACAUGGUCGUGUGCCCCGGUGCGCUGCCCGCCCGCUGCCGCGCUGAUGCAGGCGCGCACGAGCAAGGCAGGGAUGGGGGAAGGGGGGGAGAGCUGGUGGGGAGCCGGGGGGGGGGGGUGGACGCGGGGAAGAGGGAAAGGCUGGUUGAUGAGUGGGACGGGGGGGGCGAGAUGGAAGGGAGAUGGAGAGGGGGGAGGGGGGAGACGGAGGCAGUGGGAGAUGGAGAUGGGGAGCGAGAUGAGCCGUUGAUGGAGAGAGGGUGGGAGUGGUGGGGGGGGAGGGAUAAAAGAAAGGGGAAGGGGGGGAGAGGUGAGGGGACAUGGGGGGGGGGGGGGAAGAAUGGGGACGAGAUGGGCGGAGCUGGGGUAAGAUGCGAGAGAGUUGGGGUAGAGGGGGAGAGGAUGAGAGGGGUGGAAGAUGGAGAGGAGGGAGGAGGUAGAGGGGUAGAGGAGGUGGGGGAGAGCGGGGGAGAGCGGGGGAGGGAGGAGAGUGGGGGAGGGACGAGAGUGAGUUUCCUAGCAGCGCAUGCGCGUGCUCUUGCGGAGGCAAGGAGCAGGUUUGGGGACGAGCGCACCUUCUCGUACGGGCGGGUGGUGAACACCAGCAACUUCCAUGACCCCAUGGCCGAACCCUUCAAACUCACUGACUACUCAGCAGCGUUCUUCGCCACGGGCAACGUGGCCAUUGCACGCCACAUGCUGGCUGCCGCCACUCUCCGCCUCACCCCACCUGCUGCAACCGCGCGCUCCUCCUCUUCCUCCUGCACCUCGCGUGAGGUGCUCACGGCAGUGGAAGGGCAGGCUGGGGGAGCGGUCGUGGUUGGCCAAGCACGGAGGGAGGAGGGGCGUGGAGCGGAGGAGAAGGGGGUGGAGCAGCAGUGGCAGGAGAUGGGGCCGUUUGAUGUGGACUUCAGCAGCUACGGCUGGGAGGACCUGGAGCUCGGAGGUGCGCUGCUGCCCGCACUCCCACCCUCGCACCACUGGGAGCGGCUGCGGCAGUGUGGCGCGCGCAUAUGGCAGUGCCCCGAGGCCGUGGGCUUCCACUGGCACCCGCCCUUCCAUCCCUCUCACUUGCCCGCUCUCAUCCGCCAGGAGCGGCAGCGGGGGGAGAACGGGGUGCGGUUCUUCCUCAAGCACCGCACGCUGAACGUGCGCCUCAUGGUGCAGAUGACGCCCUUCCACGCCGCCCUCUGGUUCCUGCUCACCCUGGGGGGCGCCCUCAACGAGCGCUCCCUGGCCCCACUGCUCGCAUGGCUGGUGCAGCAAGGCCAUCCCGGAGUGGCCGUGGGGAUUCUCUCCCCCGUGCUCAACUGGCACACUGUGCAAGCCACACGGGAAGAGGUGCACCGACUCAGGAAGGCAGGGGUGGAUGUGUGA